AAGGAGGCGAGGGCUGUGAUUUAUACAUUUCAGUCCAGGGUCACUAAGCUCCGCCCUUGAUUUUUUUUUUUUCCCCCCUUUCGGCUGGGGGAGGAGUGGUUCUUCUUCUUCUUUUUCUCUUUCUGCCCCAGAUCUUUCCUGGACAGUUCUCAGCUGGAGAUGCCAGGGUGCAGGAGGAGUGCGUGGGGGCUGAGGCAUUAACCCCUCCCCGUCUCUUCCGAGAGCAGCCAGGCAGCCCUAGUAGGGCACUGGGGGACCUCAGCUUGCGGGCGGGCUCUGGCCCGGGCUGGCCAGCUGAGCGUGCGGCUGCGGAGGGAGGGAGGGAGGGGGUAGAGAGCAACGCAGUCAGUCGGGGGCUUGCAACAAGAUGCCGAGCGCCUUGAACCGACCCGGAGCUUUCCGAACACAACUUCGUCCAGCCUGAGCGAGGCUGCUGUUUGUGAGGCCCUCUCCAGCAAAGGAAAAGCUACACAAAAAGCCUGGAUAUCACCUCGGCAGCAAGUGAAGGCUAGCUCGACUUUGCCCUCUAGUGUUCAUCUGGAGAAGCACCACAUCGGCUCCGGGGAACCUGGCAACUCACUAUGGGGUCUACCAGCCUCCCGGUGGUCAAGGCCCUUCGCAGCUCUGUUUCCGAUUAUGUCAACUAUGACAUCAUUAUCCGGCAUUACAACUAUACAGGAAAACUGAAUAUUAGCGUAGACAAGGAAAACGUCAUUAAGCCGACCUCUGUGGUGUUCAUUCUCAUCUGUUGCUUUAUCAUCUUAGAGAACAUUUUUGUUUUGCUGACCAUUUGGAAAACCAAGAAGUUCCACCGACCUAUGUACUAUUUUAUCGGCAACCUGGCCCUCUCAGACUUAUUGGCAGGUGUGGCCUACACAGCCAACCUACUCUUGUCUGGGGCCACCACCUACAAGCUCACCCCCGCCCAGUGGUUUCUGCGGGAAGGGAGUAUGUUUGUGGCCCUGUCAGCCUCUGUGUUCAGUCUCCUAGCCAUCGCCAUCGAGCGAUAUAUCACCAUGCUGAAGAUGAAGCUCCACAAUGGGAGUAACAGCUUUCGCUCCUUCCUGCUUAUCAGUGCCUGUUGGGUCAUCUCCCUCAUCCUGGGUGGCCUGCCCAUCAUGGGCUGGAACUGCAUCGGAGCGCUGCCCAGCUGCUCCACAGUGCUACCACUUUACCACAAGCACUAUAUCCUCUUCUGCACCACAGUCUUCACUCUACUCUUGCUCUCCAUCGUCAUCCUAUACUGCAGGAUUUACUCCUUGGUCAGGACUCGGAGCCGCCGACUGACUUUCCGCAAGAACAUUUCCAAGGCCAGCCGCAGCUCGGAGAAGUCACUGGCACUGCUUAAGACCGUGAUUAUUGUCCUGAGUGUCUUCAUCGCCUGCUGGGCGCCCCUCUUCAUCUUGCUCCUUCUGGACGUGGGCUGCAAGGUGAAGACCUGUGACAUCCUUUACAGAGCAGAGUACUUCCUGGUGUUGGCUGUGCUCAACUCUGGCACCAACCCCAUCAUUUAUACUCUGACCAACAAGGAGAUGCGACGGGCCUUUAUCAGGAUCAUGUCCUGCUGUAAGUGUCCCAGUGGGGACUCCACAGGCAAAUUCAAGCGGCCCAUCAUUGCUGGCAUGGAAUUCAGCCGCAGCAAGUCGGACAACUCCUCUCAUCCCCAGAAGGAUGAUGGAGACAACCCAGAGACCAUUAUGUCUUCUGGAAACGUUAACUCUUCUUCCUAAGGCUGAAAGCUGUGGACCUAUGGGGAGUCUUCUUGCAUGGUUACUCAGCACCCCAGUGUUAGUUAAAACAAAAACAAAAACAAACAAGUAGAAAGAAUGAUCUCUGGGUUCAACUGCUGCCUGGAAGGAGCUGCUCAGAGCCAGAGAGAGGAAGGAGUCAGAGAGAACAACGUGGUGGUCUUGAGUGUUGGUGACUGGAGUUAGUUCCUGUGAACAAUGUACCGGGAAGGGUGGAGAUCAGGUCCUCGCCUAAAAUCUAUUUCCUUCUCCCUGGAGCUUUGAUUUUGCACUGAGCCAAAGGUCUAGCAUUGUCAAGCUCCUAAGAGUUCAUUUGGCUCCUUCUUAAAGACCAACAUCCCUAUGUGAAAGCUCUCUCUCUCUGGCGCUUUGAGGAGAUGUUUUCUUUCACUUCAAUUUCCAACCCAAGUGAGUGCACGCUUACCGAAGUAUGCUCUACAUAUCCCAUCUGCCCUCCCCCUACACAUCCUCCCUCAAAAAUCCUCUCACUUUAUGUUUUAACUACCUGGAAUUUAUCAGAGCUGGGGGUUGUGGCACAGCCCAUUUCUUGAUCAUUUCUAGCAAUUAGGCUGUGUCCAGUAGAUAGACCAUGAGGAGGUGGAGAUGGUUUGGAGAUGCAAAGCAAUUUCAUUUGCUGAGGCCAAAGUUUCGAAAAGCUGGGUCAGUUUUUUGGUAUUUGUUUGAAUUCACUUUGAUUUUUUUUUUCAUAUUCACAAUGAAAUGUGUUGCAGUAUCAUAUCCAUUACGACUGAAAUCUAUGUAAGAAAGUCCAAGUCAUCUAAAUUAUGCCAGCCAUGAUCCUUAGUGUCAUGGGAGAACUAGGAAAACAAGGUGAAAACUGAGUGGGAGGGUGACUUUUGUAAACCAAUAGAGAUUUCUUAAUGAAUUUGUCUAACAAAUACAAUGUUUUCCUUUGGCACUUUUGUUGAUGUGUAUUUCAAAGUGUUGUGUGAUUCCUUUCUACCAACAGGAUGGUUGUAUUGUGUUGUGGUAAAAUACUUUUUAUGAUUUUUGAAUGUAUCAGUUUCAACAAGGGUCAUUUUAUUGGAUUUUUCUAACCUGUGUUAACAUCUUUGGAUGUGCAUUUCCUCAGAAAAUACCACCCUUUUGUACCCUUAAAGCAUUACUUUAACUGAUAGGGGUCAACAGAAAAACUUCAGUACAGCUAUUGAUUAAGUUAACUGAGGAUGUGUAUAAAUGUUACAAAGAGUAAAAGUGUAUUGCUAUCUUUUUAGUAUGACUUUCAGUGCAAUUAAACUGAGAAAUGUCUUGUUUUUUAAAAAAUAGUAUUUAAUAGGUUUCUGACUUUUGUGGAUCAUUUUGCACAUAGCUUUAUCAACUUUUAAACAUUAAUAAACUGAUUUUUUAAAGA